AUGGGGUCUGAGGUGUAUGUACACCCCAACUCCGGGGGGCCCCCGAAGCUGCAGCGGCGGCAGCAGCUGCUGUGUCUUGUUGGAAUGCGAGCAGCAGCAGCAGCAGCAGCAGCAGCAGCAGCAGCAGCGUGCGGGUUGUUGACUUGGACGAGUUCAUGGGCAAAUACUUCAUGCAGAGGACUGCAGGGCUUGCUGCAGCCAAUCAGACAGCAGCAGCAGCAGCAGCAGCAGCAGCAGCAGCCUGUGGAGUGCUGCUGCUGCGAGGGGCCCUCUGGCUGCCGCUCUGUGAAGGCCUGGCGUUCUGCUGCCUUUCCUCUCCACUGCAGCAAACGGCAGCAGCAGCAGCAGCAGCAGCAGCUGCAGCAGUUCAUCCGCAGCCACGGAUGUGCUGCUUUUAGGCGCCUCGAAGCAGCAGCGCUAGCCUUCUGUUUGUAUAUGGCAGAUCCUGCUGCUGCUGCUGCUGCAGCUGCUGCUGCUGCUGCUGAGGCCUCCCCGUUCUCCUCUAGCAGCAGCAGCAGCAGCAGCAGCAGCAGCAACAGCUGCUGCUGCUGCAGCUUUCGCGGGUUUCACAUAGUGAAAUGCUCAGCAGCUAAUCUCUGGCAUGUCCAGUCGCCUUCCACAGUCCAAAGAAUACGCAGCAGCAGCAGCAGCAGCAGCAGCAGCAGCAGCAGCAGCAGCAACAGCAGCAGCAGCAGCAGCAGCGCGACUUCGGACUGCGGCUACUGCGGCACUGCUGAGUGCUUCACAGCGAACAUCAGCGACGAGGAGCUGCUGCUGCUAUUUGGCACAACCCCACAGCAGCAGCAGCAGCAGCAGCAGCAGCAGCAGCAGCAGCAGCAGCAGCAGCAGCAGCAAGAGAGUAUGCUGCUGCUGUCGUGCGGCGGCGGCACUCUUCACUAUCCAGAAGGCGAGCAGCUGCUGCGGGAGGAGCAGCAGCUGCUGUGGGUAGGGGAAGGGCCCCUUUGCUUCUCUCCGUGCCUCCGCAGCUUGCCGUGGAGGCAGCAGCAGCAGCAGCAGCAGCAGCAGCAGCAGCAGCAGCAGCAGAACGAGUGCAUAGCGUGCAUGCUGCGAGCUGCUGUGAAGCGUCUGGGGCUUGCUGCUGCUGCUGCUGCUGCUGCUGCUGCAGUUCAGUACCAGUGCAGCAUCGAUGCUGCAGCUGUCGAGAUUGCGAGCAGCGCAGCAGAGGCAGCAGCAGACCAGCAGCAGCAGCAGCAACAGCAGCAGCAGCAGCAGCAACAGCAGCAGGCGGGCUGGUGCGGCGCGUGUCCUUCUGCUGCUGCGUGUCAGAGGCAGCGCCUUGCUGCUUCCUUAGGGCUCCUUUCAUUCAAGCAGCAGCAGCAGCAGCAGCAGCAGCAGCAACAGCAGCAGCAGCAGCAGCAAAUCAAGGCAGCAGAUCCCUCGAGUAGCGUGUUGCUGCAGCCCCUAUCUAUCCUGCAGAGCUUCAAGUGCAGCUGCAAGCAGCAGCAGCCGGACCCACAGCAGCAGCAGCAGCAGCAGCAGCAGCAGCGGCUGCUGCUGCUGCCGCAGUGCGUGCAGCCCACUGCUGCUGCUGCUGCUGCUGCGCUGCGCCUUGCUGAAGUGUAUGCAGCAAGACUGCCUUUGCUGCAGCAGCUCAGCACCAGCUGUCUAUACACCCCAGGCAUGGGCCCUUUCUUUCGUGCUGCUGCUGCCCUAACGGACGCCCCCGCUGCUGCUGCUGCUGCUGCUGCUGCUGCUGCUGCUGCUGCUGCUGCUAGCAGCACCAGCGCAACUGCGGCAGCACCAGACUGCAGCAAAGGCGGGCAAGCAGCAGCAGCAGCAGGAUCAGCAGCAGCAGCAACAGCAGCAGCAGCAGCAGCAGCCUCUCUUCCCCCUGAAGUGCUGCUGCUGCUGCGAAGCGACAUGGAAGAAAUACCAGCAGCAGCAGCAGCAGCAGCAGCAGCAGGAGGGCCUAUGCUGCCUGUGUCUGCAUUAAAGCUGCUUGCUGCUGCAGCAACACACUACAUGACCUUCGGUGCUGCUGCUGCUGCUGCUGCUUUCUUUCGCGAGCUGCUGCUGCGGGCUUCUCCGCCGCUGCCUGGCAGCACAUUUUUGACUCUGCCGCAGCAGCUGCUGCUGGCUGCAGCAGGCACAAACCAGCAGCAGCAGCAGCAGCAGCAGCAGCAAGAGUUGCUGCAGCAGCAAGCAAGAGAAGCACGCGAGUCCGUAGCUAGAAGUCCAGCGGUAGCCGCUGCUGCUGCUGCGGCCACUGCUGCUGCUCUUGCUGCUGUUGCUGCGGUGUCGCUUUUGCUGCUGCUGCUCCUGUGUGUGGGAACGCUCAGCUUCUCCCUCUGCGAGUUAAGAGCCGACUGGCUGCUGCAGCAGCUACAAGAUGAUGCACAGGCAACCCUGCAGCAGCAGCAGCAGCAGCAGCAGCCUCAGCAGCAGCAGCAGCAGCAGCAGCAGCAGCAGCAGCAAGAAGAGUGUGUUCCCAGUGCAGAAGGUGAAAUUGAAAGCUACAAAUCUGCUGCUGCGGCUUUUACAGAAGAGGCGCUGCUCACGGCUGUUGCAAAUUGCAACAUCUUACUUGGCUGCUCUCUGCUGCUGACCUUCCGCACAGCAGACGAAGGCGGAGCACUGCCAGCAGCAGCAGCAGCAGCAGCAGCAGCAGCAGCAGCAGUGUCCCCCAUUGCUGCAGUCCCACAAAGACCAUGGAGGAGGACCCGAGCUGCUGCUGCUGCUGCUGCUGCUGCUGGUCUUCGCCGCAAGAGCCAGUGGUGUCUCCUGCACAGACGAAACAGGAAAGCAGCAGCAGCAGCAGCAGCAGCAGCAGCAAGAACAGCAGCAGCAGGAGUCGAGGCUGCAGCAGCAGCAGCAAAAGAGCUCCUGGAGUACUGGCAGCAGCAGCUGCUGCUCUGCAGCAACCCUGCUGCCUUUGUGGACCUUCAGUGCCGCUACUUGCUGGCGCUGCUGCCGCCAGCUGCUAGCCGUCGACACGUUGCUGCUGCUGCUGCUGCUGCUGCUGCUGCUGCUGCUGCUGGUCAUUCACAGAAAAACAGCAAAGACAAUAAGACUGACGAGGGCAGCACAGACCCCACAGCAGCAACAGCAGCAGCAGCAGCAGCAGCAACAGCAGCGCUGUGGCGGCUGCCGCGGUGGUGGCUUAGUACUUUGAGGCCUGCUGCUGCUAGACAGCCUCUAGUCAGCAGCAGGAAGGCCUGCACAGCAGCAGCAGCAGCAGCAGCAGCAGCAGCAGCAGCAGCAACAGCAGCAGCAGCAUCACCCUCUGGAAUUGUGGCCGCAACUGCAGCAGCAGCACAACCAGCAUCAGCAGCAUUUCAGCCCGCAGGGGCAGCAUACCAGCCAACAGCAGCAGCAGCAAAACCAGCAGCAGCAACAGCAGCAGCAGCAGCAGCAGCAAACUUUGAACAUCUUGGGCUUCUUUAUUUUAAAAAGCAGCGCCGGCCUCCUCUGCUGCUGCUGCUGCGUAACUCCCGCGGUGUCUUUGCUGCUGCAGCACCGAGCAAAAUGAGCAGGCAGCAGCAAGCAGCAGUCAAGCGUGUCAUAGCAGCAGCAGCAGCAGCAGCAGCAGCAACGGCUGCUGCUGCUGCUGCGCGGCUGCGGCGCGUAAGGUUGAGGCGACUGCACCUUCAUCGACGUAAACGCAGUGCAGCAGCAGCAGCAGCAGCAGCACAGCCAGUAGCAGCAGCAGCAGCAGCAGCAAAAGACGCGGAGUCAGCCAGUUCUUUGGAGCCUAGUUUAGAGAAACAGCGACAGCAGCAGCAGCAGCAGCAGCAGCCGCAGCGGCAGCAGCAGCAGCUGCUGCUGCUGAUGCAGCAGGUGCAGCAGCUUUGGGAGGCCCUCUCUAGCCUUCCGACGUCUAACGCUGUGCUGCAGGGAGAAGGGGGAGCAGCAGCAGCAGCAGCAGCAGCAGCAGCAGCAGCAAAGAGAGAAGCAGCGGGAGAAGCAGCAACUGCUGCAGCAGCUCAAGUCAGGAAGCUAAUUGCGGGGCUUCUGGCUCUUAAGAAGGCUUUGCUGAUGCUGGCCGAGAGACCCCGCGCUGCUGCUGCUGCUGCUGCUGCUGCUGCUGCUGCUGCUGCUGGUGUAGAGCCCGACUUGCUGCUCUCCGCAUGCACAAGAGAAACUACAGCGGUGGCGUUUGCUGCUGCUGUUGCUGCUGCUGCUGCAGCAGCAGUUGAAAGGCUCAGGGCGCUGCUGCUGCGCAUUGCUACUGCUGCAGUUGCUGCUGCAGCAAACAACAAAACACGGGUGAUUGGCUCUGUCCAUAUGCAGCAGCAGCCGCUGCUGCUGCAGCAGCUGCUACAGCAGCAGCAGCAGCAGCCAGCAGCAAGUGGACUCAAAUGGCGUUUCCUAAUGGCAUCUGCUGCACUAUUGUCUUUGCCUUUUAUCUCUGUUGCUAAGCUUGUUUUGCUUCCCCCCGAAACAGCAGCAGCCAGCAGCAGCAGCAGCAGCAGCAGGGAACAGCAGCAGCAGCAGCAGCAGCAGCAGCAGCAGCGCGCCUUCUCAGAGCUAUCCGCGGUGCUGCAGCAGCUGCUGCAAAAGCCCCUCAUAUUUUUACUGGGGGGAAGCAGCUGCUGCUGGUCGCGGGUGUAUGGACAGAUGCCGCGGCCGCUGCUGCUGCAGCUGAAGCAGCAGCAGCAGCAACUUUGCUGCGGUGUUUUCCUUUUGGGCUAUCCCACCCCCAAGUCGCCUACUCCUUACUUGUACUCCCUGCUGCUGCAGCACCUGCAGCAGCAGCAGCAGCAGCAGCAGCAGCAGCAGCAGCAGCAGCAGCUGCAGCACGUCUACGCCACCUUCUUUCCCCCCUUAGCAGAGCAGCACAGCUACCUCGCGCUGCUAGAGCAGCAGCAGCAGUUGCUGCAGCAGGAGCAGCAGCAGCAGCAGCUGCUGCUGCUGCAGCAGGAGCAGCAGCAGCAGCAGGCGGAGUUCGCACGUUGGCUGCAGCAGCUGCUGCAGCAGGACCUGCUGCUGCUGGGCGGCGCCUCUGUGACCAUUCCCUUCAAAGAAGCAGCAGCAAAAUAUGUCGAGGAGGUCCACUGGUCAGCAGCAGCAGCUGGAGCAGUCAAUACCCUCUUCUGGAACUCUAAGGGCCAACUCAUGGGAGCCAACACUGACACCUACGCUAUAGAGAAGGCGCUGCAGCACCACAGAAAACCCGAAAAUGUCUGCUGCAUUCUGCUGCUGGGAGCCGGAGGAACUGCAAGGGCCGCUUUAGCGGCUAUCAACCGCUGGCGAAGCAGCAGCAGCAGCAGCAGCAGCAGCAGCAGCAGCAGCAGCAGCAGCGAGUGCUGCUGCAGCAGCAGCAAAGUGAGGGUUUUGAUAUUCAACAGAACCCUUAAGAGGGCAGAGGAGCUCGCGAAAGAUUUUGGGGCGGAGGCAGUAGCAUCUGCUGCUGCGCUGCAGCAGCAGCACAUUGAUGCCAUCAUCAACGUCCGCCCCGCAGCAGCGCCGCUGCCUCUGUCUUCUUUUGCUUUUAAUCGGAAACCCUUAAUUGUGGAAUUGGCUUAUGCGCCUCCUGGGGAGCGUUUGGGGUGUAUUUGCGUGUCGGGGUUUUCUCUUGAUGCGAAGCCCUCUAGUGCAAAAUAA